AUGUAUCGGAAAAUAGACCUCUACGAGGCCACAGAGAUGCCCCUGGUUGUCCUUGGCCCACACCAUGAGUGGAGCGGUAAUGGUCAUGAUAAGCUCACUCAAAUUGGCUUUCCAAUUUGGGUAAUUCGUGAUAUUUGGUCAGGCAAAUGGCUCAGUAUUCAUGUCUUGCCAAACAACCGUCUUAAAGAUGCAAUUGCUUAUUUAUAUCUUUCUCUUUGUUAUCAGCUUGGCAUGCCAAUACGGAUAGCAACUGAUUGUGGUAGCGAAACUACAGAAAUGUAUGGAUUUGCCAAUGCACUUUGUGUUCACAAUACACCUAUUGAGCGUGGCUGGCUUUGUCUCCCAGGCAGUGGCAUCUAUGAUGAAAUGGACCUGAGACAGUAUCAAAUGGUAUGGCCAAAACUCAUUCAGCAAGAGCUGAAUCAACUUCAGGAGCAGUUCAAUAACCACCGUGUUCGCAAGGAUUCUUCCAAGAAACUUCCAUCAGAUGUUUCUCCCAAUGUUGCAUUUGUCCUUCAUGACAAGUAUCAAGCUGAGAACUGCCUACAAGCAGUUGACCAUGAGGUGGUAAGGCAGCUGAUGGAGAGUAUAGGUGGUGAGGAUCUUAUUUGUUUUGUUUCUGUCGAGUAUGAGAAUCAUGCACAGACCAUUUUUAUAAACCUUGGUUUCAAGGAGUUAUCCUUUCACAAUGUGUAG